GGAUACCCGAAGAGAUCUCGGAGAUAGCUGUUCCCGAAGAAUGUUACAAUACCAGUUGUGCGUCAGGCCUCCGAGCAUAAGUUUGGUCUUUGUUUAGCCCGUUUCGUUGUACCUCGGUUAUAUCGCCUAUUCCGAUUUGGCCCCUUCGUUCGGUGCAGCGCGCUUUAUUUCUAUUUUUUCGCUCGAUUUUUAAUUUUUUCUACGAGUGUCGGUCAGUGCAGUGAGUGCGUGGUAUAUCCGCCUCCGCUUAUCCUCGUUGGUGUUAGUGUCUGGUGGUUUUGUGAAGUUUAUGUUCGACUGAAACGGUUACAAUUAUGCUUAAGGAUUAUGUGAUUGGAUUAAUACACCCGUUACUUAUCAUACGAGUGUGAACCAUGCAUGGACUGUUGCUUUUACUGGCGUUUAUUGUGCUGACGCUAGAACCAGUGAUGCGGGUUUCGGGCUCGCCGACCCCGGAAUCCGCGGCCGUGAUCGAAGCCAACCUCCUCUCAUUACUCGGCAUGUCGCGACGCCCCAAGAUGGACCGCGAGAAACUCAGGCGCCGGGCUGCCAUCCCCGCCGUCAUGAUGCAGCUAUACAAACAGCAGACCAAUCAGGAGCUCGACACAGCCACACUCCCCCUCCCCGGCCGACACAUCCGAUCCGCCAACACAGUCACCACUUUCACGCACACAGACAGCGCCUUGGACGCCAGGUUCACGAACGAGAGGUUCCGACUGCAAUUCGACGUUUCGACGCUUCCGGAAACGGAGAAAGUGACGGGGGCCGAGCUGAGACUGAGCGUGGCGCCCCGCAAAGGGGAGGAAGACGACGCCCUACCCUCGCCCUCGCGGCGAUACCAAAGAGUCCAAGCCCUGGAGAUCAUGAAGCCGGGGGUGAAGGGGAAGUCGCGGGCGAUCCUCCGCUCCAUCGACUCGAAGGUGGUGGACCUCUGGACGAGCGAGAGCGUGGCGCUGGACCUCAUGCCAGCCGUGGAGCGGUGGCGCAGCGCCAAGGACGAGAACUACGGCAUCAUCAUCGACAUUCGGUCGGCGAACGGCGAGAGGGUCUCCAACUCGUCGAUUAGGUUAAGGCGCUCGCUGGAGACGCACGAAAGCGAGUCGGACUGGCGGCCGGUGGAGCCGCUGCUCCUCGUCUACUCGGACGACGGGCGGAAUAACCAAAGAAGAGUGGAGGAUCUGGUCAACAGGCGGAAGCGGGCCGCGGCGGCCGCUACUGCGGAUAGGAAGCGCCGCAGAAAAAACGGCUGGGACAUCUGCCGACGGCGAAGGCUCUACGUGGACUUCGCCGACGUCGGCUGGAACGAUUGGAUCGUCGCGCCCUCCGGCUACGACGCCUUCUACUGCGCCGGCGACUGUCCUUUCCCUCUGCCCGACCACCUCAACACGACCAAUCACGCCGUCGUCCAAACCUUAGUCAAUUCUGUUAAUCCUAAUCUCGUACCAAAAGCCUGCUGUGUCCCCACCACCCUCCAAACCGUAUCCAUGCUCUACUUGGACGAACACGGCCGGACCGUCCUCAAGACCUACGCCGAUAUGGCCGUUGAAGGCUGCGGCUGCCGCUAGUCACUCUGCACCUCCCAUGCAGCAGGCUGAUUAUUCAUUUCGAUAGAUAAAGCAAUAGACAAGGAAGACAAAAGAAAUUUGAGCGAUUCUACCAGUGGAAACGGGUGGUUGAAACUUAUAAGGGAGGUAGGAAGUAGACUAACUUAACUAACGACAACCCUUGAGAAACCCUUUAGUUAUACUAUAUUUUCCCCUCAGUCUAUAAGAAUCGCUCGUUUCCACCGGUGGGAUCGUUUCAUUCUCAUUUUGUCUUCUUUGUCCAUAGCUUUGUUGGUCGAUUUCAAUAAUCAACCCUUAGAAGACUCGUCAACCAACCGUCCUUGCUCGGACGAAAGCAGGUAUACAUUUCAAUGUUACAAAACUCCACUCGCUUAUUGUAUUUCUAUUUCUAAGAAUUGCGCGCAAAAAUCAGCAUUACUGAGCAAAAUCUGCCAAGUCAUAUUCUUGCAAAAAAUGUAAUUGCUUUAGUCGAUGUUGUAGCCUUGAAAUAGAACAACGUUCCUUUGUCUUGGAAACGACGGAGCAAGACAUCAGGUAUCAUCAAUUGUCAUGAAGAAAAUGUCGAAAAAAGCUUCUCAGCAAAGAAAACCUAGGGGAGCGAGAAAGUAAAAAUGUAUCUCGUGUGAUAUGCUCUCCGUUUUUUCAAUGCAAAAUGGGUCUGCGGUACCCAUUUUGUAACCCAUUCAUCGAGAGUAUCGAGUAAACUGAGCUUCGGGGAAUUUUUCCUGAUAUUUUGAAACCCGUAAUGACAUAGAACCCCUAUUUUAAAAAUGUAAAAAUGAGACCAGCUUGAAACGAUAUUUUUGGCGGGCUCCGGCCCUGAUGACGUAGCCAGGCGAGGCGAACGUGUGAUGAUUGGCUGAACUCAGCUCUAGGUUUCGCCUUGUUACGUCAACUCGAUUGUCCGUUUUUGAUUGGUCGGAUUUGGAUGAGCUUUUUUCCCCUUAGAGGUGUUUUUUCUAAUUUUUCAAUGAACUUUGUGAUUUUUCACAUUAAACAGAAGUAAAACUGCACUGUAGGCCUGUGAAAAUUUCUCGCCACUGCCCCCUUUUGAAGAUUAGUUUACAGCAUAGUUACUUCAUUCACAUACUGUAUUCUGGAAUGCUCUUCCAUGUACUUUCUCCUCCUUUCUCACGAAACCUCCAUGUGUAAAUGAUUGUAAUAGGUCACUCAAUGAUCGUAAUAGGUCACUCUCGUUGUAAUUCAGCGGCGUGGCGUGAACAAUCGAUUAUCGAUAUUUCCCCAUUUGAAGCUAUAGUGAAGAAUCGAUUAUUAAGGUUUUCGUUACGAACACCUUGUUUAUCGAUUCUUUUUCAAAGGUUCAAAUGACAGAUCAAUCGAUAAAUCGCAAAGAACGCCACGCCACUGUUGUAAUUCUAGUUUUUUGAGACUGUAAAAAUGCGUACCUCCACGAUGAGCCGCACCAUUUGGACGGAGUUAAACAGAAAGGAACCAAGCCACAUCGGGAUCGAACCGAGAAAAAGAGGUUUAAAGUUUGACUCCUGCAUAAGACUCAAUGUAAAAGAUAAACUUCAAGUUCAAUUUCUACGAAA